AUGAGACAUUCACAUUUACAAGAGUUGCAUGCAAAGAGGGAUACAAAUGGUGGUGGUGGUGGUGGGUUGUGUCCUCCGCCGUUGAAAAUCCACAAAGACUCCCACAUGGUGAAGAAAACAUCUCCAUCCUCCUCCUUCUCGUCCUCCGCCGCCUCGUCCCUGGCUGGCUCCUCCUCAAAGCAGCCGCAGCGCCACCCGGUGAUCAUCUACACACAUUCUCCAAAAGUCAUCCACACUCACCCUAAGGACUUCAUGGCGCUGGUCCAAAAACUCACUGGCCUCUCCGGCCACGAAGAUGACAACGCCGCCACGCCUCCAAAGACGGAGCAGGCCAAGAUUAAUAAUAAUAAUAAUAAUAUCAAUAAUGACGAUAAUGAGUCGUCUUCGGUUAUAACUACAGAUGAGAAUAAUAUUUGUGGUGGAUCAUCAGAUCAUCAUGGAAACUCCUCUUCUUGUUUCGUUCCUCCUCCGCCUCCGCCGAUGAUUUUUGAUGGUUCGAGUUCUAAUUACAUGAAUAUUCCAUUGUUUGAAGCCAAUUCUUCUUCAACGGAUUACUUGUGUGGGAAUAAUCAGGGUGGAUUUUAUAGCUACACAGAUUCAUUGUUCUUUGGUAGUCCGAAUUCUAAUGUGAGGAGCUCCAUUACAUCCAGAUCAGGCUUGGAAGGUAUUGAUGAGUUCAACGAAUAUUAG